AUGGAUGGUGGGAAGGGUUCGAAAGAAUCUCAAAGAUCAGCUCAUGUCACCGUGGAUGAGUUCGUCCAGAGGGAGUACGACUACAUCAUUUGUGGUGGUGGUACUGCUGGCCUGACUAUUGCUGCUCGCUUGUCCGAGAACCCAAAUGUCACUGUUGGUGUGAUUGAAGCUGGCUCGAAUCAUCUCGGGAACCCUCUUGUCGACACUCCUGCGGCGCUCCUGCAGAUGCUCAACGAUCCUGAAUACGACUGGUCUUUCCGCACCACUCCCCAGAAAGGCAACAAGAGCAAAGUCCACCAUGUUCCUCGUGGAAAAUUGCUCGGAGGCUCAAGUGGGAUCAACUACAUGAUGUACGUGCGUGGAUCGGAUGAAGAUUACGACAACUGGGCCAGACUCGCCGAUGACCCGUCCUGGUCUUCCUCCAACAUGAAGCACUACAUGCGCAAGCACCAGACUCUCGAACCAGUGGAUGAGCGCAUCACAGACAGAACGUGCAUGCCUGUUGUUGCCGAAAACCACGGCACAUCAGGUCCCAUCCACACGUCCUUCAACGACUUCCGCCUGCCGAUCGAAGACGACGUUAUCAAGGCUGCCGAGCAAGCCCUUGGUUCCAGCAUCAAACCCACGGACCCAUGGUCUGGCAACCACAUGGGUUUCUAUAAUACCCUUGGUUCCGUCACACGCACGGGGCCGAACAAGGGCAAACGCUCCUAUGCGGCAGAGGGGUACUUCCAAGCCAACGCGCACCGUCCCAAUCUCAAAUUGAUAACCGAGUCCCUCGUCUGCCGGGUGCUUCUGGACAACACCAACACCGUAGCACGGGGCGUUGAAUUCCAACACAGAGACGGCGCACGCCACACCGUCGUAGCUACUCGCGAAGUCAUCGUGGCCGGCGGCGUCAUCAACUCGCCUCAGAUCCUGGAGCUCAGCGGGAUCGGCGACCCGGAGAUCCUCGGCGCAGCAGGCGUCCAGUGUCUCGUCCCACUCCCGCCGGUGGGAACAAACUACCAAGACCACGUCGGGUCGGCGGUGACAUACCAACUCACCCCCGGCAACAUGUCCGGCGACGCAAUGUUCAUCCCGGAAGUGAUGGCCGCGGCGCAGAAACAACUCAUAGAGGAGCAGGGUGGGCCCCUGACGGCCGUGCAAUCGGUACAAGGCUACCUCGCUGCCUCGACGGUGCUCGAGGCAGGGGAACUCAACGAGGUCGUCCGGUCCAUUGAGACGACCAAGCCGGCGACGGCGUUCCAGAAGAAGCAAUGGGCCCAAGUCGCGGCGCACAUCAAGGACGCCAGCUCGGCCAACCUCCAGCUCAUCUUCCUCAACGCCACGGUCAACCUGGCCGACGGAGCAGGCGACCAGAGCAAGCUGAUGGCGCCGCCGUCGGAGCCCAGUGCCCCCAACGGCAUGAGUCUGGGCAUCAGUCUGCAGUACCCCGUGUCCCGAGGCCACGUGCACAUCAAGUCGUCGGACCCGCACGACCAUCCCGACAUCAACCCAAACUACCUCGCGCACCCGGCCGACGUGGCCGUGCUCGCCGCGGGCCUCAAGUUCGUCGAGAAGAUGGCACGCUCGCCCGCGCUGCAGGGCAAGGUAGGCCCGCGCGUCGGCCCGCCGCCUCGAGUCGUGCCCGCGCUCGACACCAAGGACCGGCGCCGCGCCGCCGUCCGCGAGUACUGCAUGGGCGAGUACCACAGCUGCGGCACCUGCGCCAUGGGCGACACGGUCGACUCGAGGCUGCGCGUCAGGGGCGUGCGGAACCUCCGCGUCGCCGACGCCUCGGUGUUUGCCAACAACGUGUCGGGAAACAUCUGUGCCACCGUCUACGCCGUCGCCGAGAAGGCCGCCGACAUGAUCAAGGAGGACUGGGACCGGGUGGCAUCAUCGCCUACAAUCACCGCUCGUGCGAGACUGUGA